AGACCCGCGGCAGGAUGCGGUUGUACUUGUAGGCAGGAAAGAUGAUGAGAGGGCACAGGGGAUAGCUAAGCAAUCUGGUAGAGCAAAGGUGGUAUUAUUUUUUGAAGAAGACAAUUAGUACACUAGCUACCUAGAAGGAAAAUGUCUCUCUCUUCCGCGUCCAAACGAUCUGAUCACUUGGGGAGACCCUUACUAGGUCAACAACCCUCAGUACCCUUACUCGUGCAGAGAAAAUUAGCCAACCUUGGCUCGGCAGUUCGUGAGGAGAUAGAUGUCUUAGGGCGAUUGCUUUACCGCAGUGCAGGACAGCACAGAGGGCAUCCGAUACACACGAGAAUGAAAGCAGUACAUGGAGAGAUGCGAAAUCUACUUAUUUUAGAAGUAGGAGGUGCUAGUGGAAGUGGAACAUCAGGUACAGGAACUUCAAGCUCCUCAAGUCCCUCGUCGUUCUCGUCCUUUUCUAGAAGGGGAAUCCACGACUUAAUCCGCGCAGCUGUCCAGUCACUAGGAGGCCAGAUAGGGCAUGGAUUUUUUCUUCCCUACUGCGCGACGUGUCUGGCGAUCCUGGGGAAGUUCUUUCAAAAGCUUCCGUCGGAAGAGCAGAUGCAGAGCUUGUAUUUGGAAAAAAGGACCAUGAUCAGGUCCAGCGACCGAGUUCUGGAUACCCUUCUUGAUGACGACACCGGAAUCCCCCUUUUUAGUAUCGAUACUGUAGGCGAUGCAGCAAUGGCCUCAACCGGAAGUCCCCUUUUUAGUAUCGAUACUGUAGGCGAUGCAGCAAUGGCCUCAAGGAUUGGUGGUAAGACGAGCACCAGGGACCACAGGCAUGCUCAACCUCAGAAGGAGGUGGUCGCAACUUCACACUCUUCAGAUGCAGCAAGAGCGCAAAAAAAGUUGGAGCAAGAUGAUAGCGAUGAUGAGGGUGAGCCAAUCCCACAACCAGGCUCCCCAGCAACUUCAGCUGCACGACCAACGCUUGGUGGAGGACAAGACGAUGGUGGUGAAGGAGAAGGUGAACUACCUGUCCCUGUGGCUAAUGAGACAACAAGUCAUGGCAAAUUACAGGCAAGUGCAACUGCAAGAGCAAGCAGCAGCAUCAACAUAGAAAAAGGACCCCCAGUGAAGAAAAAAGUCGUCAAGAAGCGACGGACAACAUCUUCUGUAGUUUCAUCAUCUCCUGAAGAGGGACAGUCAGGGAAGAAGAAGAAAAGGAAAGUGACCUCAAAGAAUAAGGCUUCUCAAAAAGCUGCUCUUGACCAGCUUCGCCAAAGUCUGAAGGACGACUCUUGAGGUGUAACUCCACACGAGGAUGUUUCACAUACGUAGACACCCGCCCAAUCAUCAUCUACGUCAUGUGAGGAUCUCCAAAUCUCACUUUCCCACUUUCAUUCCUCUCUCGCGCUAACAAACGAGCUAGCAUCA